AUGGAGUACAUAGAGGGGAAGGUUAUCGAUCCGUUGGAAGACAUCAACGCCAUAGAAAAGGUUGCGGGUGUGCUUGAUUAUUUCGCAACAUUGCGACAUGACAUCCCCGGGCCUCUCUCUGGCGGGAUCUGUCGCGGGCUUCUCUUCCCGGAGACUGAAGAUCUGGUUUUCGACAGUAUUAACGAGAUGGAGAAGUGGUUCAAUAGCCGGCUUUUUGCACAUAAUCCGAAACUUACUUUCCAGGGCUGCGAGCUAGUGCUUUGCCAUCUAGAUAUAGCGCCUCGAAAUAUCUUAUGGCAGGAAGAUGGUUCUCUCUGCCUCAUUGACUGGGCAUCUGCUGGGUAUUAUCCAAGGUUGUUCGAGUUUUGCGCGCAGUGGAUUAUUGAAGGAAAGGACGGCGGGUUUAAUUCCCUUCUCUUGAAAUCGAUGAAUCCUUUACCAUACCAAGAGAUAGCGCAGAAAGAGUCCGUCCUAUCCGAACCAAAAAUACAAAUUCUUCCAAAACAUUAUCAAGAGAUUCAAUCGAUCGUAUUCCUGCACCAACCCAUCCAAUGCCAGAUUAUCCGCCAGGCUGGUAUGAGCAAGCUCAGCGGGAAGGCGUUACCCCGACAGGACCCACUUUUGGCGCUCCUCUAUGCUCCUCUCGAGGAACCGGAGAACAAGAUCGAGUUUACAAUCGCGUCGCUCGUUAUUUGCGCGCAAUUUGGGCUCCGCACCCUAAACCAUCUGAUGCUGCGUAAAUUCGGCUAG